CGAAAAAUUGUCUAUAACUACAACAUAUCGAGCUGAAACAUUUUUCCCGCCAUGAUGAUCAAGAAUCAAUCGGCUUUGAGUACCACACGUCUCAAGCUGGUUCCUCUUGGACCCGAGCACCGUGAGUUCACUAUGCAAUUAGACAUGAAUCCAGAAGUCAUGAAAUACGUUGCCUUUGGUAGGCCGUUUACCAGGGAAGAGGCCAUCCAAGUGCACGACUGGCUUCUAAAUUCCGCAACAUCCAUACCCGGUCUCGGAACCUGGGUCGGUUUCGCAAAUGGCGAAUUUGUGGGCUGGUGGAUACUGGCUGCUAUCCCUAGCAAGGAAAAUCCUGAAAUCUUCAUCGCCAACAAAACCGAGUACGGCUUCCGACUCCUUCCGAAGUUCUGGGGUCAAGGAUACGCAAAGGAGGGUGCGCGAGAAAUGGUCCGACAUGCCUUCCAGGAUCUUGGCAUGACAGAGGUGAUUGGUGAGACUAUGGCCAUCAACCAGGCUUGUCGGGCGGUUAUGGCUGCCUGUGGCUUGAAGCACGUGAACACCUUUUUCAAUAAAUACGACACACCCCCUCCAGGAAUUGAGGAGGGCGAAGUGCGCUAUUCCAUCGCCAAGGAGGAAUGGUUGGCGCUUGGUUCUUAG